AUGAAAGACUUUAUUGAUAGAAUGCCUGAGGAGAGCAGGGUAACCCUGUAUGAUCAACUCGGAGGGAAUUCCCAAUAUUCCUCCCAGAGUUCUGAAAAUCAACAUCUGACUCCUGUGCAAAAAUUGUUCUCAAAGGCUGUUGUUUUACCUAUUGCUGAGAUUAUUCAACUUACGGAUAUUACAUUUUGUGCUACUGUCGCUACAACAAAAUUAUUAGCCGCGUCUCCAUUUGGAUGGUACUAUCGUGCCUGUCAUAUGUGUCAAUCUAUAGCGCGUGAGGACAGCCCCCCAUUUGAGUGUGAAGCUGGUCAUGAAACCAUGGCUGAAGUCCUUAGGUAUAAGAUUGAGAUUGAGGUUACUCAUGGGGGCAAAAGCUGCAAUUUUUUCUUCUGGAACAGAGAAUGUGAAAUGCUUUUGGGUUUAUCUGCAUCCCAACUGCGUAACACUAUGAUUCAGGUUGGAAUUACUGAUCCAUUGGACUUCCCGUUAGCCCUUGAUCAGUUGUUGAAGUUGGAAAUGGCUAUGAAGGUUAAGUGGCAUCCACGCUGGAAGAACUGUUCCGUCGUUAUGAUUAUAAAAAAUGAUCCUAUUAUCCAGCAACUUAAGGAAAAAUGGGGAACAUACGAGAUUAAAGAGAAUGUUGAUGAGGCUAAAAUAGAUGCCAAUGAAGACUGUGAAUUGGUUACGGACCUGGAAAUUACUUCUGAGCACAAGCCUGAUGCUGUCACACCUGCUGGUAAGAGGCAUUUUCCUGCUGCAUCAAGUGAAUCCACUGAUUUGGACGGAUUACAUGAUGGAGAACUGUCAUCAAACAAGCUGAAGAAGAUAAUUAAAAUGGAGAAGAUUGAUUAA